CAUUAUCCCACUUCCCUUCCUCUUUACAAAUCCUCACUACCACCAUCUCCUCCCUGCUCCCACCACAUUUUUCCAUUUCCUUUUUUCUUUUCUUCACCCACAGACACAUUCCAUGGCUGCUACAUCCGGUGCCUUGCUUAAUGGCUUAGGCUCUUCUUUUCUCUCCGGAGGGAAGAGAACCCACCAGGCUUUGUUUGCUACUCGAUCUGGGUCCGCCGCCGCCGGCGCUGCAACUCGCAAGUUCGUCGUAGUCGCUGCUCUUCCGCCAAAGAAGUCUUGGAUCCCGGCCGUCAAAGGUGGUGGUAACUUCAUUGACCCCGAGUGGCUCGACGGCUCACUCCCUGGUGACUAUGGUUUUGACCCGCUGGGUCUAGGAAAGGACCCUGCAUUUCUCAAGUGGUACAGGGAGGCUGAGCUGAUCCAUGGACGUUGGGCCAUGGCUGCCGUGGUUGGCAUUUUCGUCGGCCAAGCUUGGAGCGGCGUGCCCUGGUUCGAAGCCGGAGCUGACCCAGGUGCCAUCGCACCUUUCUCCUUCGGUUCACUUUUGGGUACCCAAUUGAUUCUGAUGGGUUGGGUGGAGAGCAAGCGUUGGGUUGACUUCUUCAGCCCGGAUUCACAGUCGGUGGAGUGGGCGACUCCAUGGUCGAGAACUGCGGAGAACUUCGCUAACGCGACCGGCGAACAGGGAUAUCCCGGCGGUAAGUUCUUUGACCCAUUGGGGUUAGCCGGAACGAUAAAGGACGGCGUGUAUAUUCCUGAUACAGAGAAGCUGGAUAGAUUAAAGCUGGCUGAGAUCAAGCACGCGAGGAUUGCAAUGGUGGCCAUGUUGAUCUUCUACUUUGAAGCCGGUCAAGGGAAGACUCCAUUGGGUGCUCUUGGGUUGUAAUUAAAAACCGAAAAUGGAAUGUAGAUACAGUUUCGGUUAAUUGGUGAUUGAAUGAAACGCAGCGUUUAGACUCACACUAAUGAAGCCUAUGUUAUAUGUAAAAUCUUUUGUUUUGAGGUAUAUAAUAUGAGUUGCCCCAUGAA